AUGUUUUUAUGUUACAGUGACCACGUAAUCUGCAGUUUGUUCAUUUUUGACCACACAGUGCUAAAACGAGAAGAAGAUGACUUGAAAGACGCCAUUCUCUACUUUUAUCCUCACACAGUCAGUAAUGACAAUCAGUGUGCUCUUGUGGGUAAAAUCAUCGGUAUAUCUGACUUCUUGCUGGAAACUCUGCCCAAAUCGCCACCGACCAUCAUCAAACUACAGAAUGAGAAAUUUGCCAUGAAGAGGACGGACUGUUACAGCAUUGGACUUGGAAGUAGUCUGUCUGUGGCCGACACAUUUUUGUCUGCACAUCUGGAAUUUGUAUGGAAAACCUUCACUUUCUUCCAAGGAGGGUUGUCUGCCAUCAAACAGAGAUUUCAAAAACAGCAGUUUCUUCAGGAGCUGGAAAAGAUGUGGGAUUCGUACUUGCCGUUCUAUCAGUUUUAUGGGGAUGUUCUCUCACAGGCUUUUCAACUGCUUCCAUCAGUGAGCUUAGCCAAAAGUGACGCAAAUGUGUUCCUUCAUGCCUCUCACAUCCUACAGCGCGGUCACAAGCAAGACGGUGUCCUGGCCGGAGUUCUGGUAUACAGGAACAAGGUGUUAUGCACACAGCUCUCCCCCGACCUGACAAAACGAAUGCUGAUGCUCAAACCACAUCAGACUCACUUUCCAUGCCUUCCACUGAAAGUAGAUUUUGAUAAGCCAGACUCUGUGAGAUUGUUGAGAGUGUUUCUAUCUGAAAACGAGUACAAAUGCAUCAGCUUGAGAAGAACAGAUCAUCUUCGACGAAAUUGCAGAAAAAACAAAAACAAACUUGAUUCAGACUACAGUCAGUUUGACAACGAGGUGUUCAUUCAGGAUGGAGUGAAUCUCACCACAUUGCACACGGUACACUGCAAGACGGCAGUGCCUGAAACACUGACACCUACGUUACAGAUAGAAAACCCUCCCAGCUAUCCAGAGCACCAAAACAUGUCUUUCAUUCAAAGUGAAUCUCUUUGUAAUGAGGAAAGGUCAGAAAUGAAAUCUGCUACAGAUACACCCAAAACUGAACAAUUGGAGAUUGCCAACAGUAGCCUGCCAUUUGUUUCUCCUUUGAAAGGUGAUUCUUCAGAACAUGGAGAGCCAUUUAGGACAGUGAAUGGUUUGAGCAGAUCAUUAACAGAACGUCCAUAUUUCGAACAGUGUCAAAUGCCUCAAGUUAGUGAAAACAAAACUCUGUCACAUGGAGAAAAUGAAAAUCGUAUUUCAACCAGUGAUGGUUGUUUAUCACCUUCAAAUGAAAUACUAUCUUCCCAAAGUGCUAACUUGGCUUCAGUAACUAGUCCAUCAAAUGAUCAAAAUGAAAGUCACGUUGUAACCACUCAGAGUGAUCAAGAUGUCUUAACUUCCCCGAGAUUUAGUUCAAGUCAGUUAAACGAUGUGUCAGAGGACAUUGGUGAAGAUUUGGUGUCUUCAUCAACCGGUGUUAAUACUCAGAAAGAAAUGAAUGUUGGAAGUGAAGUUGUCCUUGAGGAGCAAAACUGUGAAGAACCUGAGUCCCCAAUAUCUAGUGAGCAUGAACAAACGAAAUUAUUACACAAACAUGAAUCCACCAUUGAUGGUUCAAAACUUGAAAUAAAUUGUAAGGAAUCUUUAACAGAAUCUGAAACUUUGAAAGAUAUUUGUGAUUCACAGAACAGUUUUUGUGUGGAACACAAAACCAGUGGAUGUAACUGUGGUACUGCUGCUGGCAGUACUGAUGUCAAAAACUUACCUGGAGAAUUACUCGACACAUCACAUGUGGCUGGGUUAAUAGACGGUGGUUCUAACAUUGCACCAACUCUGUCGCUGGUCGAUCACAGUCAUCGGAGUCCUUGUAGGUCAGGAAGUAUUUCUUCCCAUUCACCAUCAUCCAAGGACAACUCUUAUGAUGACAAGCAUUUGGCAGUAAGUGGCGGGAGUCUUACUUCUGCAUCAGAAGAGAAAAUCUCUUCACACAAAGAAGUUCUACAUUUUCCACAGUCACCAGAAUGUCGUACUCCAUCGGUGGGACCUGAAGAGAUGUCCGGCAAGAAAACAGAAAGACCUUCAGCUCCCAGGUUAUCAGAAACGUCCAGCGACAUCCCUCAGAGUUCCGAUAGUCUCACGAAUUCCUUGCAGUGUGACACAAACGGAGCAGAGUGGAUCCCAGCAGCAGACGGACUUGUUGACCUUGUUCUCUACAUUCAAGGUCACUCGGAGACGAUGCUUCUGUUGCUCUUAGACCAUGGCUGUAGAUGUGACUCCACUCUGGUUCAUAAACUGUGGAAGUUUUCCUUGCCAAAUUUGGCUGAACUGGACUUCCAAGUGAAAGACUGCCUGGAUGAGCUAAUUGAGGAUCAAGCACAGCCUCACGUGGACAACUACAGUUACUUGCGAUAUGAUUCAUUCUCUAAAAGUCUUACAGGUAAUGUGCUGGAUUCUGUCAUCCGUUCCAGUCACGAGUUUACUGAUACCGCGAUAAAGAUUCAUCAGAACUUCCAAGAAUUGGACACUCUGACUGAUGUUACAUUCUGUUCUCACAAAGCCAGUGUCUGUGCUCACAGAUCUGUGAAUCAUGAGACGUUUUUCCAGCUGAACAACUCACCGUGGCUAUCUGGAGGGUAUCCUACACCCAAAGACUUAACAUUUACACUGGAUGAGUUGGCUAGAAAAAAACUUCAAACUGAUCAUUUCAUUUCUUUGUUAUAACAUGGUGUGUUGGGAGGGUGGAGAAGAUGACUGCAGACAAUAACCAUUAUAAAAUGGUUUGUUGGAGGGUGGAUACGAUGACUGCAGACAGUAUCCAGGGGCCAUGAUUCACAGUUAUCAAUAUUUUCAUCAGCAUGUUUAAAACCAACAAACAGUGUUGAAAAAAAAAUGCUAUGACAUACAAUGUGUAAUUAGUUGUCAUGAUGCAAGUGUGUGUGAUCAUAGAUAAUGGAGAUUUAUCACCAGGGUCCUGUGUGAGAUGGGAUUGGGAAAAUUAACACUAGUAAAUCAUAUUUGGGAUAUUUUUUCAGGCCACUGAAUGAUUCAGUACACCACUGAUAAAUUAAUUUAUUGGAACAGAUAUAAUUUAAUAUAUAUGUUGGGAAUUUGUAAGUCAGAAAUUGGGAAUGCCUGGAUAAAUCCCUGGAUAAGAAAAUUAUAAAAAAUGUUUCUAGUUGAAGAACUCACUGCAGCCAUCUGUAGAUAUCCUAUUGCCAAAGGCUUGACAUUUAUGAUUGACAUGAUCAAGACAUUUUUUGGUUAUAAGAUAGGUGCAAAAAAAUGCAAGCAGUAACUAAUCCAAAGCAUUAAAGAAUGGCUGUCAAAAGAAAUGAAAAUCUUUCAUUGGCAGUGUGCAAUAUUAGUUCUCAGAAAGAAGGAAUAUCUGUGUGUGAAAGAAGUAUGAGAUAUUUUUCUACUUAAAAAAAACUUACUGUGGUUCUCUUGGAGAUAUACCACCCCCAAAGGCAUGACAUUCACACUGGAUAAGUUGGCUAGGACAAAACUGUGUACGGAUCAUGAUGACUUGUUACAGAAAGUCUGGGAGAACCUGCAUGAGAAAAAUGAAAGGAUGAAAGUCAAAAAGGAUGGAAAAGUGAACUGUUUGAAAGGUCAUGUAAUGUGCAGUAUUACACAACAUUUGUUACGCUUCCAGAUUCAGCCUAUGAAGAUUGAAAUGUGUUAAAAUAUUAAAAGUAACCACCAGUGCAAUGAUGGUUACAUUUAUUUAGUUGCCUGAAAAUAGACAGACAUGAAUGUACUCAGUUAUAAAUAAGUUAUUUAUUUAUUUGUUGUCUAAUACUGAAUGAAUGAAUUUAUAUGUAAGUGAAAUACUAUUUUGCUCUCUUUUUAAAGCAAUAUAUGUUAUAUGACUUGAAUCAAGUAAAUUAUCUUGAACCCUAAAAAAUAUUUGAAAUUCAUAUGUUAAAGAUGGGGUGGGGAGUGGCAGUCUUCCCAGGCAUGAGUACCUGAUGGUGGAUAAGGGAGGCAAUCCCGCCUUUGCCUAAAAAACUAAUUUCAACUCUGCCUUGUGUGGAAAUACAAUUUUGAUUGAGGUAUGCAGUUUUGUCAUUCAGAUAUAUGGAACUCCUGUCUCGCACUCUCUGCAUCCAAUAGGCGAUGAUUAAUUAAUCAAUGUGCUCCAGUGGUUUCGUUACACAAAACCAGAGGCGGAUCGAAGGGAGGCCCCAGGGGCCUGGGCCCCUCGUAAAUUUUGCGAUAGUUAUAAUUUUAUUAUAUAUUAAUUUUCUUUCUUUUUUUAUGAUCACCUUGGCAUUCCACCUCAUGUCGCUGGCAUGGGUUUUCUGGAUCUGCCACUGAAAACAAACUAACUCACACUGUCUGAAACCAAAGAAACCGAGCACAUUAGCUUUAAAGUGCAAUUGUCAUUUGUAAAUAUUUCUUUCCUUUUAGCUACUGACCCUGGCCUCUUGUGAUUAUUGCACUCUUCUCAAAGUGUCUUUGUAACCAUUGUAAAAUAUAUUUUGGCCAUUUAUUAUCCAAAUUAUAAUAUUUCAGUGUUCUCCAGUUUUUCUGAAACCAGCAUGGCACAAUGGUUUCAUAUGAUACGUGAGAGGCAUUGAUGCCUAGACUACUGUGGUGGAUAUGCCUUUGAAAAUCACAAGAAUGGCACCAAUUUACACCACCAUGGUAGAGUGCCAACCUGCUUAUGGAGUUGGAGAUAUAUACUUAAGGGGGCGGGACGUAGCCCAGUGGUAAAGCGCACGCCAUAUAACCAUAAAUAAAAUGUGUUGAGUGCAUUGUUAAAUAAAAAAAUUCUUUCUUUCUUUCUUUUUAUAUACUUACACUUGUAUAUUCAGUGCAUUUCUGGUCAUCCUGCUGUUAAAAAUAACUCCGUGUGGAAAUUUGACUACAAAUAAAAAUUUUUUUAAUUCAGCUGCCAAACAAAUAAAAAUUGAAAUAAAUGAGUUUAAAAGAAUUCCAAACAUAUUUAUGAUGCUUUGUUUCAAAUUUUUUGUAGGUCAUUCUCAAACACUCAUUAAAAAAUAAUUGAAAACAGAUAUAAUAUUCUGAAUUUUAUACAAAUAAAAUACAUGUAUUGACAAGCAAGGCCAUAGGUUUUGUCUAUUUUUUUACUGUCACAAAAUAGUUUGUCUUUACUGUUAAUCUUUUCUCUUUAUACAUGUAUAAGCUGUAUAAAAAUUGUAUGAUGGUAAAAACACUUUUAUAACGUUAAGAAUGUUUGUAGUUUUGAAAUGAAUAAAGACAUGGAAAUUAUUUUGGAUUAUUUAAAACAUAAUAUAAUGGCCCAAUACAUAUUUGUGGUGCUACUUAAGGCUGUACAUGUGAUAUUGUAUUAAAGAUUACAGGCUAUGCAAAUAAAGAAAAAUCUGUUGUGUUUUCUUUGA